UUGACAUUACCACAAUGUUUCUUAAAAUAAAAAAUAUUAACUUAUUUGUUAUUGUUUUCUUGAGUCAUAGCUUAAUGGUGGAAUUACGAAUUGUACCAAUUCACAGCAAUAAAGCUGCUGCCCAGUGUGUAGAUGUAAAUGAUACUAAAUUCCAUAUCGGCUGUUAUUUAGAUGAAAAUAAUUUUAACAAUUCAACCUUAGAUUUUCUACUUAAUUAUUUUUAUAACUCAAAAUUUAAUCAGGUUUUAAGUAAAUAUUUAUAUCAUCAUGAAAAUGAUUUUCAUGCUGAGAACGUUUUAAAAAAGUUACCACCACGUUCGGUGAAUAAUAAGGAUUUUGUCAACGAUAUGCCCAGUAUGUUUAAAAGGGAUUUUAGUGGAGAAUUUUCGCAAGAUUUUAAACAAAUGUCUAAAAAUCUUUUAGAUAUGAAUAAAGAAUUAGCUAUGAUGACCAAAAAUUUAACUAUAAUGAGUGAUGACUUAGCGGGAAUAAAUGUUGAUUGA